AUGGUUCUCGUCAACGCCCUCAAAGCCCGACAGAUCUUCGAUUCCCGUGGCAACCCAACUGUCGAAGUCGACCUCACCACCAACAUGGGAGUCUUCCGAGCUGCCGUUCCUUCUGGAGCUUCUACUGGAAUCUAUGAAGCUCUUGAGAUGCGAGACAAGGUCAAGUCCGAAUACCACGGCAAGGGUGUCUCAAAGGCCAUCGGUAACGUCAACAACGCCAUCGCCGGCGAACUCGUGGGAAAGGACCUCGACCUCGCCGACCAGGCCGCUAUGGACAAGAUCCUUUUGGACCUCGACGGAACUGCCAACAAAGAAAAGCUCGGUGCCAACGCCAUCCUCGGUGUUUCGCUUGCCAUUGCCAAAGCCGCUGCUGCCCACACCAAGGUCCCACUCUACAGACACAUUGCCAAGCUCGCUGGAAAUAACUCCGAGAAAUUGACCCUUCCCAUUCCUGUCUUCAAUGUGAUCAACGGUGGCUCUCAUGCUGGCAACAAGCUCGCCAUGCAGGAGUUCAUGCUCUUCCCUCACGGCGCCACCUCCUUCACUGAAGCCAUGCGAAUGGGCUCCGAAACCUACCACCACCUCAAGGCCUUGACCAAGAAGAAGUUCGGCCAGGACGCCACCAACGUUGGUGAUGAAGGUGGAUUUGCUCCCAACAUUCUUGUCAACUCCGAUGCUCUCGACCUCAUCGUCGCUGCCAUCGAAGCCGCCGGCUACACUGGCAAGAUCGGCAUUGCCAUGGAUGUUGCUGCUUCUGAAUUCUGGAAGGGAGACAUCAACAAGUACGAUCUUGACUUCAAAAAUGAAGAUGCUGGAGAUCUCAACGACGAGUCCCGAUACCUUACUCCCACUCAGCUCGCUGAUGUCUACUGCUCCUUCAUCAAGAACUACCCCGUCGUUUCCAUCGAAGAUCCCUUUGACCAGGACGACUGGGAAGGCUACGUCGCAUUCACCGAGCGUGUUGGCAAGGACACCCAAGUUGUUGGAGACGAUCUCUUGGUCACCAACCCCACUCGAAUCCAAACCGCUUUGGACAAGAAGGCUUGCAACGCUCUCCUGUUGAAGGUUAACCAGAUUGGUACCCUCACCGAGUCCAUCAAGGCCGCUCAAAUGUCGAUGAAUGCCGGCUGGGGCGUCAUGGUCUCCCACAGAUCUGGCGAAACUGAAGACUCCUUCAUCGCCGACUUGGUCGUCGGUCUCCAAACUGGCCAGAUCAAGACUGGCGCUCCUUGCCGAUCCGAGCGACUCGCCAAGUACAAUCAGAUUCUCCGAAUCGAAGAAGAUCUCGGCGCCAACGCCGUCUUUGCUGGUUCCAACUGGAGAAAAUCCGCAUAA